AAAAAAGAAAAAUGAAAGAGAAGAGGAAGAUGUGUGUGAUGAGCUGCUUCUAAGAUGACUGGGGUUUGUCGCCUAAACAGAGGGAGGGAAAAAGGAGGUCAAUACGCAUUUCUCUGUGCGUGCCGCUCAUGGAUUGACCACCGUGUCGGCCUAAACACUCGGCGGUGGUAAAGGGGACGACGAUGGCCAUUGAGAAAGGUUGAGAAUCCCACGUUAGAAAAACCGAGGAGACUAUCACACUUUCUAUAAGAUAGAUAGGCUAUUUCUCUCAAGGAUUAAUUCUUAAAAGAUGUAACUUGUUUUCAGCAGUGUAAGUGAGAAUGGAAGGUGCUUCGCUUCACGGAACGCUUCACUCCACAAUCUAUGAAGUCGACAUGUAACAUAUGGUGGUGGAUCCAAAUGUAUUCAACAUGAAAAUGAAAGGAUAACCAAGAGUUUAAAGGGAGAAAAGAAGAAUAACAAAAAAUGGCAUUUUUAAUGGAUGUUGCAGUAGGCAUUGUAACAGAAGUGGGAAAGUGUGUCUUUAAACCUAUUGGACAUCAACUUGGUUACAUUGUUUUCUUCAAUAGAAACAAGGAAGAGCUUAAAGAGCAACUUGAAAAUCUUGAGACUACUAAAAGGGAUGUGCACCGAAGGGUUGAAGAGGCAAGGAGCAAUUCAUAUGCAAUCCAUGCAGAAGUUUCAAAGUGGUUGGUCGAUGUGGGUAAUGCAUUAGUCCAUGAUGAACUAUCCAAUUCCAAUCCAUCUUGCUUUAACUUGCACCAACGACACCAACUAAGUAGAAAAACAAAGAAGAGGACCACUCAUGUCCUUGAACUCAUAAACAAAAGAAACAACUUUGUGGAAGUUGGUUGUCCUGAACCUCUUCCAGAUACUGAGAAUACUAUUAUUCCUGAAGGUUAUCAAGUUCUAGGAUCAAAAACAUCAAUGGCCAAACAAAUUAAGGAUGCACUUGCAAAACCUGAGGUGAAUAAGGUUGGAGUCUAUGGUAUGGGAGGGGUUGGAAAAACUUAUUUGCUCAAUGAAGUUAAGACAUUGGUGUUGGAAGAAAAUUUGUUUGAUCGAGUGAUUGAUGUGACCAUAGGUCAAUCUAAUGGUGUAAUGGAAAUGCAACAACAAAUUGGAGACAUCCUAAAUAUAGAAUUGCCAAGAAGUAAGGAGGGAAAAGCAUCCUUUCUACGGAAUAAGUUGAUGGAAAUGAAAGGUAGUAUCCUCGUUAUGUUUGAUGAUUUAUGGAAAGAAUAUGAUCUUAUAAAAGAGGUUGGAAUUCCAUUAGGUAAAGAAGGAUGUAAGGUACUUAUGACAAGUCGAGAUCAAAACAUAUUAACCAAUAACAUGAUCAAUAGAACUGAAUGUUUUGAGGUGACUUGUCUAAACGAAGAAGAGUCUUGGAAGUUUUUUACAACAAUCAUUGGUGAUAAGUUUGAUACAACCUAUAUGGAAAUCAUUGCAAAAGAGGUGGUAAGAGAAUGCGGAGGAUUACCACUUGCACUUGAUACCAUUGCAAAAGCAUUGAAAGAGAAACGAAUAAAUUACUGGGAGGAUGCUUUAAGUAAAUUGAAAACUUCCAAUGCAGUGGGUAUUAAAGGUGUGACUCAUAAAGUUUAUGCUUCACUUAGACUGAGUUAUGAUUAUUUGGAUGGAGAUGAAUCCAAGAUACUAUUUCUUCUUUGUAGUGUAUUUCCAGAUGACUAUAUGAUUUCUACCAAAGAUUUGCAAGUGUAUGCAAUGGGUAUGAGAUUGUUGAGAAGGGUAAAUACUUGGGGUGAAGCAAAAAAUAGCAUAAUUAAAUUGGUUGACGAUCUUACAUCUUCUUAGUUACUUCAAGUUCAAGUGUACAAAGAUACAAGGUACGACCAAUAUGUUAAAAUGCAUGAUAUAGUUCGUGAUGUUGCAAUAUACAUUGCAUCGACAACAACUAACAUGUCUACACUCUACUAUGGAUCUAAACAUAGUGAAUGGCCAGAUACGGAUAAUUGUGGAUCUUAUCGCGCAAUCUUUAUUGACUGUAAGAACAUUUGCAACUUUCUCCCAAGCAUGAAGUUUCCAAAACUUGAAUUGUUAAUAUUAAGAUUUUCUACUAAACUUUCAGAGGUAUGUAUUGAAACUAUAGAUGCCUUUUUUGAAGGAAUGAAAAAUCUUAAGGUUUUGGACUUGACAAAGAUCCAUGUUCCAUCAGUAUUAUGGUCAUCAUUAAAGAAACUUCGAACAUUAUGUCUUUCACAAUGUGAGUGUAAGGAUAUUGAUAAAAUUAGUCAUUUAAAGGAAUUGGAGAUUUUGAGGAUUAUUAGUUGUGAGGGCAUCACAGAGUUACCUGCAACUAUGAGUGAAUUGAAACAACUUAAGGUAUUAGUUGUGUCAAAAUGCUACAAUUUGGUGGUGAUUCACCCCAACAUUAUUUCAAGCUUGACCAAACUAGAAGAGUUGGAUAUACAACUAUGCUUUCAAAAAUGGGGAGAAAAAGUAAGGUAUAAGAAUACAUGGAUUCAAAAUGCACGACUUUUAGAAGUGAAUUAUCUGCCGCAUCUUUCUAUAUUGAAAUUACAGAUUUCGAAGGCUAACGUUGGCUUGGAAGAUUUGGGGUCACAAACUUUGAAGAAGUUAAGAGAAUUCUUUAUUUGUGUUGGUACGGAUCAUUUCAAAUUUGAAUCAUGGAAGAAUAAUUCUGACAAAUAUGAAAAAACUUUCUUGCUUAAUAUGGAAUUGCAGAUGAGUUUAGUUGAUGGGAUGGUAUUUGACAAAUUAUUCGAAGGAACUGAACAGUUGAAGAUUGUAAAUGAUUCUAAAGGUUUUGCAAAUGUCAUUCUCAAAGCAAAUGGAAAUGGUUAUCCUCUAUUGAAGUGUCUCAUGAUUGAUGGCAAUUCAAAAAUGUCACAUCUGAUAGGAAAUGACUUCACUUCUUUGGAGUGUUUGAGUCUUAGUGAAAUGAUGUUGUUGGAGAGUAUAGUUCCCAAGCAUGCUUCAACAAAUCCUUUCAAUAAGCUAAUAGUUAUACAAAUAGGAAGUUGCAAACAAUUAAGGAAUCUUUUCUCAUUCUCUAUUUUUAAAGGCCUUUCAAAUCUUCAAGAGAUUAAGGUGACUUAUUGUGAUAUGAUGGAUGAGAUUGUAUCCGUCGUAGAAAUUGAAGAUCAGACCACCAUUUGCACUUUUCCUUUGACAACAUUACACCUCGAGGGUCUGAAUAAAGUUACAAGUUUCUGCACCAAACCAUUCAUCCAACAACGUCCACAAACUAUAAUUCCCUUCUUUGAUCAACAGGUUUCAUUUCCUGAAAUGAAGAAUUUAACUAUUAAAGGAGGAAACAAUUUGGAGAUGUUAUGGCAUAAUGAUGGACCGACUGCAAGUUCCUUCUGCAAACUUCGAUCGAUAAGUAUUGGAAAUUGCAACAAGUUGAGAUAUAUAUUUCCUUGGAAUAUAGUGACAUCACUUGCUCUUUUAGAUACAUUGUUUAUCUUUUCUUGUGAGUUAUUAGAAAGCAUAUUUGAAAUUGAAAAGCCGAGCGUUGGUGAUACAAUAGCAAUGUCGUUAAGAAAAGUAGAUUUAAAUGGCCUACCAAAUUUAAAAUACAUGUGGAACAGAGAUGUUUGUGAUGUUAUGGCAUUUCCAAAACUAAAGGAAGUCCUUGUGACUGAUUGUCCGGAGAUGAAAAGUAUUUUUCCAGCUUCCUUCCCCCAAUAUAUUGAAGCAGUUGAAAGGUUAGAAGUGGAUGAGCAAAAUGAAAUAUUUCCGGUAGAUAAAGCAUUAAAGUUGGGAGAGGUUGUAUUGUUUCGAAACUUGAGAAGUUUGAAAAUGACUUGUAAGCUGGCAACAAAGGAGAGCUUUUGGGUGAUAUCAAAGUUUCUCAAACUUGAAAGUAUUACAUUGGUUGGUUAUGAAGAAGGUGAUAAAAUGGUUUCUCUUCCAUUAGAAAUGAGUGAAGUAUUAUACAAUAUUGAAGAACUGAAAAUUGAAACUUGCUUCCAGUUGGUAUACAUAUUUGGAAAUGAGACAGAAAAUGACAAUAUCCAAAGACGAUGUGCACAUUUGAAGAAGUUAAAAUUGAAGAAUCUUCCCAAGCUUACCAAUGUGUGGAAGAACGUGAAUCAAAUGACCACAAUCACAUUCUUCAACUUGGCUGAUCUUGAUGUCAGUAAUUGCAAUGGAAUGAUGAGUUUGUUCAGCUAUUCAGUGGCAAAGAAUUUGGUGAAUCUUGAGAGAAUUAAAAUAUAUGAUUGUAGAGGAAUGACCUCUAUAGUUACAGCAGAAGAAGAAAAUGGUGUAAUUGUCCUCAACAAACUUAAUAGUCUAGAAUUAAAUGAUUUACCUAGACUAACAUGUUUUUACUCUGGAAAAUGCACACUUCAAUUUCCCUGCUUGAACUUAUUGAGGAUAUACAGAUGUUAUGACAUGAAAGCAUUUUCAUAUGGCAUAAUAAACACUCCCUCUUUGGAAUACAUCGGGAUUGGAGGAAACAGGAUCUCAGUAUCACCAACGCGAGGGAUAAAUGACAUUAUCCCAGAGUUUUCCCCAUUGGAGAUUGAUCUUAUUCCAGGUAUGAGCAUUUUGAAUUUGAGCUUGAAAACAGUGAAGAAGGGCGGUUGGCGUAAACCAGUCAUUCACUCGAUUCAAAACUCUUAGACUCAUUGGUUUUGAGGAUGACGACAUAGAUUGUUUGCCAUUGGAAAUAAUUGAAGUAUCGUACAAUUUUGAAAUUUUUGAAAUACAAAAUGCCUUUCAGUUGGUACACGUGUAUAGAAAUGAGGAAUUAACUGGAAACAAUCAUGUUCUAAGACAUGCAAAGUUGAAGAAGUUGUGUUUGUGGGAUCUUCCGGAGCUUACGCACGUGUGGAAAGAAAGUAGUGAAGUCACUCCAAUUAGCUUUGAUAAUUUGGAAAUGAUCGAUGUAGGGAGAUGUGAGAAUUUGAAGUGCAUAUUGCCAUCCUCAAUCACAUUCUUAAACUUGCGGUAUCUUGACGUCAACGAUUGCAAUGGAAUGAUGAAUUUGUUUAGCUCGUCAGUGGUAAACAAUAUGAGGAAUCUCAAACACCUUGACGUAUCUGAUUGUAGAGGAAUGACAUCUAUAGUCGCAGCAGAAGAAGAAAAUUGUGAAAUUGUUUUCCAACAACUGUAUUUUCUGAGACUUCAUAAUUUACCAAGGCUAGCCUGCUUUUACUCUACAAAAUGUAUGCUUAAGUUUCCAUCUUUGAAUAUGUUGCUCGUAGUUAAAUGCAACGAAAUGAAGACAUUUUCAGUUGGAAUAGUAA